AUGGAUAACGAAGAUGAUGUCGGUGAGAUAUCUGUUCAUCACACCAAUGAAUCAUCAGGCCUUGUCAUUUCACGUAUUGAACGGCUUCUGGAGGAUAUCACGGAUCAGCUGGCGGCUUCUGAGGAACUGUGCAUCAGAGUAAUUUCUCGCAAAUCAAAGAGCAGCGUAAAACGAGACGACCUAGCGGUGCCUGUGAGAUUCCCUGGAAGAAGUAUUCAUGAAACGAAAAAGUUUGCACGCAUUGUGCUCCUCUUACAGCUUGCACAUAGCGCCCUGGUUUCCGGUACAAUCUAUACCAAACGACAUGUAUUCUACCAGCAUCAAGAGCUAUUCCAGCGUCAAAGUAUCGUCGACGAGCUAGUCGAUGAUGUCGCCGCCACCCUGCACGUUGAUCGGCAUGACCUAAAUAUCGUCGCCUCUGCCAAGGGCAUUUUCUGCGGCCCGUUGAUAAUAUAUUGUCGCGAUGGCUCGAGCCUCGACGGACGCCAAGGUGAUCUUGGAACGCCUGUUCCGAUGACACGUUCAAUCUCGAAAAUUGACACGCAAUCAGUCAGAUGGCUUUUGGUAGUAGAGAAGGAUGCCAUCUUCCGAUCGCUGGUCUCAACGCGUUUCUGGGAAAAUAGCCUGGCGGGCCCAGGAAUAAUCCUGACAGCAAAGGGCUUUCCUGAUCUUAUGACACGCGCCUUUCUGGUCUUCUUUCAAUCCCAAUACCCGAAUAUACCCAUGUUUGCACUGACGGAUUUUGAUCCAUACGGGAUUCAUAUCUUUGGAUGCUACGCAAUCGGAUCUAAAUCUUUGGAAUUUGAUUCAAGUGCGCAAUAUUUAAGAAUUCAACUUCUCGGUAUUAAGUCCAAACAUCUCUUGCGACUGGUGCAAGUCGGCGCGCAAAACAACACGAGCACUGACUCUACUAUGGAUCAAGUAGAGGUUGGGAGAAUGCAAUUCGGUGAGCCAAUCAGUCAGUUAACACUAAAGGAUAGAUUGGCGGCAACGUCUAUUCUCAGGAAAUUUUGCCAGAGCGAGUCCGACAGUGACGAGUCAGACGAAGCCAAGAGAAACUUACAGCUCAUGAUCAUGUUGGGACUCAAGGCAGAAAUUCAAUGGCUUGAUGACUCCGGCAAUAUAUCCACAUGGCUGGAAACAGAGUUAAAUUCAAACCUGACCGAAAUUUAA